CGGGACCUCUGGUUCCAUAGGUAAAAACCUGUCUUUUGACAGGUGAUGUUCCAAACAUCGGAAUUUCUGCAGUUGUGCGCCUAAGAAUCAAAACAUUUCAAUUUCGAGUAAUUGCACCGAAUUAGAAACAAUUCUGUUAUUUUUCCGUAUAUUUUCCGCGAUUUAUUUUUAUUAACUGCGACAAUAACAAUGUCUGUAUUGGAGGAGGAUGUGGAGCUACGAGAUUUAAUGACUCAAACUUUGGAGAAAAACGGAUGUUUGGCCAAAAUUAGGGCUGAACUGAGAGCCAGUGUUUUCCUUGCCCUCGAAGAAGACAUUAAGUUAAACAAGCAGCAACCACUACAGAAUUUGCGUGUCCAGUCCUACCUUGAAACUCCCGAGGGAAGAGCCAUGUUUUAUCUAGUCGGGGAAUUUUUGGAGUUUUUCAACCUUCAAUUUACCCUUUCGGUUUAUGAGUCGGAGUCAUACAUGAAUGCUGUUGGCCAUUAUCAAGAAAAACGAAAACUUGCCAAAGAGUUAGGUCUGGAUGUUAUGGAAGAAUCCACAGUUCCUCUAUUGCAACAAGUAUUAAAACUUGCUCAAAGCAAAAGCAAUGUUCUAGAUAUCAAUUUAAAUUUAAAUGGAACCCCAAAUGGUAGCUAUAAAGAGGAGUCAUCGAAUGCAGAUAGUAUUUAUAGGAAGACUGAUGUUAACUGCAGCAAGUCAAGUGCGGAAAUGCAAACUAGUAACGACAAUAUGGUAAGUGGCAAAUUUAAUGCAACUUUUGAUGUAAACAGUCCAAGACUCACCGAUGUAUUGAAUAAAGAGAACCCGCUAACAACUGGGGAUAGUUACGAUAAUUCAGAUAUUCUGAAGUAUUUGCAAUGCAAUAAAAAAAAUGAACUAAACGGGAAACUAAACGACACCUACAUAAAAAGCCCCACAAUAUGCGAAAAUUUGCCUAAUAAUGAUACUAAAGCCUCGAUUGAUAUUAGCAUACCGUUACAUAAAGGCUUAAAAGAUAUAAAGGAGGACGACACAUAUGAAGAUACUAGUUCCAUAGCAGAAGAUAGUGAAGCUUCAGAAAAGCCCGUUAGUUCGAAUAUAUCUAUAGAAUCUGUGCCUUUAAAAAGUCCAUCCAUGAGUGAAAACGUGUCUCAAAAAAUGAACAACUCUAAAUCGAUGGUGGAUAAAUCAAAACUAGGUCAAAAACAUAAGGCUAGUUUAAAUUCUCUGUCAGAUCUUCCACCUUUACAGUUAAACAUAUCUCGCAAAAAUAAUGAUAUCUUGCCAUCUUUGUACAAUAAAGAUUAAAUUGUUUCGUCACACAUAGGUGAUGGGUUCAAAAUGGUCUGUUUAGUAUGGGGACCUAUGACAAAUCUCGAAAUUUACUUCUUGGUUUUUUUAAGAUUCAUUUUGGUGCUGCAUCAUAUAUUUCAUGUAAAUUUACGUCAAUCAUUGAAACUACGGCUUAAAUACUGACCACUUGACUAGAAACUAUUUAUGUGCUCAUAUAAUUCGAGUUAAAACAUAGGGCCCAGUUUAAACAGCGAUUCCUGUAUAAAGGGUGUUUCAGAGUAAAAGUAACAAAAGCUUUAAAAAAAUUCUGCUCAGCAAAAUACGAAAAUUACUGUUUGCAUGAUACAGUGCGUUGAGUGUUAAAAAACUGGGUUUUUAUUAAGAGCUUAGAAACGCUUUAGCCCGAUUAGUAAAAUUCAGAUAAAUCCACUAAAAUAUGUCUUAUGAUCUUUUUCUGUUUCUAUUCGUUUUCGAGAAAAAAUUACAAUACUCGAUACGUUUCUAAACUGCAUAAGAAAGACUAACACUUUUUGGGAACUUACUGGAAAAUGUAUAGAAAUUUGUUAAUUAUUUCUUUGUUUUUCUUGUUGACGUUAACAAUUUCUAAGUCUUUUUUCUGUAGCUUUUAUAUUUAUGUUAUUUAUAUGUGGCUUCAUUCUUUGGUUAUCUCACAUGUAAGAAAUGUCGAUUUUUCAUUUUCCAUGACAAGAAUGGCGAAAACAUCGAGCCACGUUUUUUAUAAUUUUUUUAAAACUGCGUUACUAUUUUAAUUAAAACUUCGUCCUUUUCUUUAGUCACAUUUGCUCUCUUGCUUUAAAUGGAAUUUAUUGAUUAAUAUUAUCUAAAUUUUCUGGUGCAAUAAUCCCAUUUUUUUCAAUUUAAGACAUUUUCUUAGGGAUUAGUUGAAGUUGAAGCUGUUUAUUUCUAUUUCCAUCUUUUGAGUGACUUGUUUUUAUCAUGAUAAUUUUUAUCUAAAAACCUGAAGCAGGAUUCUUUAGAUCGAAUCAUCAAGCACGUCAUUGUACUGUUUUGUUAACAACUGUGAUUUUAGAAGAACCUAAAAACUUCAAUUCUGCUAAAAUCGUGUAACAGUCGGAAUAGAACUUUCCUAACGCCGGAGAUUUGUAAUCGAUUAUAUUAAAUUGGCCAAUAAGAAUACGAACCUAAUGGAAUUAUAAAGGAUUUAUAAAUAAAUGUUAAUAUUUUCUUGUUCCGCCAAGCACAUGAUAACAUUUUCUCACCAGUUUCGAUCAUUUCAGAAACAUGUAAAAUAAACACCUCGAAAUAUCGUGACAUCACUGAUCUUCGGUCCGUGGAAUAAAACGCUUUAAAAGUUGAAAUCUUUAGGCAGUGAUUGUUUGCUGCAAAACCAUGGUUGUCUAGCAUGCAUUCGGCUUAGUUAGAGCUAAACCUUUAUCGUGUGCUGGAGUUUAAAUGCAGGUUUAGAAGAACUUAUGUGGUCAGUGUUCUGGUCUCUUAAAUUCAUCACCUGUAUUCAUGUAAAGAGUUAAAAUGUCGAUUAACACCAUUAGUCUUAAAAAAUUAAAUUUUUGUAAAUGUUACUUGACUUUCUCCACCCAUUCCUUCAUUUGCUUUAAUAAACCGAAAACAUUUUAUUCAGCUCAUGUAAGACUCAAAAGAAAAUCAUAUGGCCGUAAUUUAUAAUUUGCUGAGCUUAGCGUCUCUUAUGCUUUUGGAUUUUCAAAUCUGCAACACCCCCUAUAUAUUUUGUUAAGUGACUGAUUGAAAAGGGGUUGAUUGAUUAAUAUUUUUUAACUGCUUAUUAAAUCUGUGAAAGAACUAGUGGCAUGAAGCAGGUAUCAAUGUUUCAGUUGUCCAGUUUUAUACUGUCUGGUUUGGCAAACAGCGAUAAGUAAAAAUAAAAGGAAAGUAAAACUAACUUUUCAUUGAAUGUUGUUUACCAGAUUAGAGUAUAGGAUAAUAUAGGCCAACUUUCAAGUUUAUAAAUUGCUCAAAUCAAGUUUACAAUACUCCCGCCUAGGUAAUUACAUUAGUAAAUAUUUUGUAUGUUUAUAUAUUUACUUUGCUAUUGCUUAGAAGUGCCUUAUAAAUAAAUGCAGAAUAACUAUUUUCUGAAGUAUCAUCAAUAAGUGAGUGUCUUUAGGAGCAUAGCAUGAUUCCUAAAGUUGACUUUGGUAGUAUGUACUUAAAUGGACAGUGAUUUCUUCGUCAAAUUACAUAAUUUAUUUAAAACAUGAUGAAAAAUUCGACAUACAUUUUAUUUCAAUAUCAGUUAUUUUUUACUACACACGAUCGCUUUAGAAAAAUUGUGCCAUAGCUCUAAUACAUUCCUCCAGUUUUCAGUACUUAGUAACCGAUUAAUCAUCCAAGAUUUAGAUGUAUGUAUAAUUUGUGUGCCUUAAAAAGUUGUGAUUUUUUGUAUUAAAAACGUGUAACUUAUUCAUAAUAAAUAUUUCGUUGGAUU